AUGGAUGAAACGGUGCGAUUCAAGGCAUUGGAGAACCACAUCAAGGCUCGAAUUGAGAACUGGCUCCGUCGAAUCACGGUUCAGUCCGAGGAAGGAUGGAGAAAAGUGGAUGCUACCGUGCACCAGGUGGCGGAAGUGUCGAGGCAGACCGCGACUAUCGCCAUCUCCGAACCGGACGGUGGACCCUGCAGGAGGACUUACUGCGGCCGUGGCCGCCAAUGCGUGCUGAUGGCGGCGACCGGUCGCGCCGAGUGCGUGUGCCAGGAGAAAUGUCAUUCGUCCUUCGUGCCAGUGUGUGGCUCGGAUGGACGUUUCUACGAGAACCACUGCGAGGUUUACCGCAUCGCCUGCGUGGAGCGGAGGCGCGUAUACGCGGUGCACAGCAAGGAUUGCUUCUUCAAAGGUAACGCGUGCACCAUGUCGGAGUACAACCGUCUGAAGAGCUUGCUGUUGGACAUGAAGACCGCACCAGGGAACCCUGGGACCGAACCCAACCAGCAGAGGGACAUGGACGCCAGGCGGGUGCUGGUUGACACCAUGUUCAAGUACCUGGACGUCAACCAAGACGGACGACUGGUCUCCGAGGAACUGGAAAAGAUCUCCAUAAAAGAACAUUUGAACGACGCCUUGCUGCGAUGCACCAUGCAGGACCUGCUUCGCUACGAUGACUACAACAACGACGGACACCUCAGCCUGCAUGAGUUCUACACCGCCUUCCAGGUGGUCCAGCUGAGCCUGGCGGAGGACCAGCGUGUCAGCGUGUUGGCGGUGACGGUCGGCCUGAGCGCCGUGCUCACCUGUGCCAUUCAGGGGACACUACGGCCCCCCAUCAUCUGGAAGCGGAAUGGCGUGGUGCUCAACUUCUUGGACUUGGAGGACAUCAAUGACUUCGGGGACGACGGCUCGCUGUACAUCACCAAGGUGACGACCAUUCACAUGGGGAACUACAGUUGCCAUGCCUACGGCUACGAGGACCUCCACCAGACGCACGUGCUGCAGGUCAACGUCCCUCCGGUGAUCCUGGUGUACCCGGAGACGCAGGCCCAGGAGCCUGGCGUGUCUGCCAGCCUGCACUGCCGCGCCGAUGGCAUUCCCGACCCAAAGCUAGUGUGGUUGAAGAACGGUGUGGAGCUGCAGCCGCAGUCUGCCAAGCAGCUUUCUCUCAAAGCCAACGGCAGCGAGCUGUUCAUCGGCAGCGUCCGCUACGAGGACACGGGCGCCUAUACCUGCAUCGCCAAAAAUGAGGUUGGCGUGGACGAGGACAUCUCUUCGCUGUUCGUCGAAGAUUCAGCCAAGAAAACGCUUGCAAACAUUCUGUGGCGAGAGGAAGGUCUGAGCGUGGGCAACAUGUUCUACGUGUUUUCCGACGAGGGCAUCACGCUGCUUCAGCCCGGCCAGUGCGAGAUCCGCCGGCAAAUCAAGCGCACCGAGAGGAUUGUCACCACAUACGAGGAGAUGUGCCCCAAAGGCGAGGGUCCAUCCCCCCAGCGCUGUGUGUGGUCAUCAGCGGUUAACGUCCGAGAGAAGUACAUCUACGUGAGCCAGCCCCUCCAGAGCAGACUCCUGGUGGUCGACAUCCAAGCACAGCGGGUAGUGCAGGCUGUUACCACAGAUCCAUUUCCCGUCAAGAUGCUCUACGACAAGUCACAUGACCAAGUGUGGGUGCUGACGUGGGGCGACAUGGACCGGACGCACCCAACGCUGCAGGUAAUUCCUCAAGCUAGCGUGGGUGAAGUCCAUCACACCAUCCGCACCUCCUUCCAGCGGGUCAGCGACUUCUUCAUCCCGCCAACCAAUCUCAUCAUCACUCAUGUGAGGUUCGCCUUUGUCUUCCUCCGAGAUGAGCCGGCGCUGCACAAAGUGGACCUGGAGACCUUCCGGCGUGUCAAGACCAUUAGUCUGAAAGACUACAGCUGCGUCCCGGCCAGUAUGGCCUACACGCACCUGAGCGGCGUCUAUUUUGUCCAGUGUCGUGGCGGAAAAGGCCAGCUAAUGGUGGACGCCGUGACGGACACGGUGGCGGGGCGCAAUCGCAAUGUCAGCGGCCGGGCUUUCGUGUCGCCAGACGGGCGCUAUGUGGUAACACCCGGGGGCGGCACCGACGGCGCCCGACUGACACUGCAGACGGUCUCCUUCCAAGGGGAGCUGCGCCUCCGACAAGAAACAGAGGGCCUCGCCGCCAUCUCGGACCUGGUCUUCCAGCCUUCCUUCGCCGCAUCUAACCGAUACGUGGCGGCAGCCACCUCGGACUCCUCCGCCGACCUCCUCUUCGCCGAUCUGUCCUCGGGACACACCGAGGUCAUCCGCGGCCUCAAGGAGCCGCUGGGCCCUCGGAGCUGGCCCUGGGGGGCGCCCUACCGGGUAGUGGUCGGCAGCGGCCCGUUCGGACAGUACCUUUUGACGCCGUCGGCUGAGUCACUCUUCGUCCUCAACGGAAAACAAAGAACGCCGCACUGUGAGGUUUCAGACAUCACGAGAGGCAACACGGUGGUCUGGGUCGGCGAGGUAUGA